GUCAAUCAUCGGGCAAAGUUCAAAUUAAUUGAUCAGGUGAUGAUGAGAUGUGUUAAAAAACAAACAACGGUUGAGCGAAUGGUGUAAGUUGUGCGGAUCGUAAUCAUCAUGGCAGUGGUGAAGACAAGCUCAACAAAGCUUUUACUCUCCUUUAUCACCAUUGUCUGCUUAGCGGUACUUGUUGAUGCCCAUCCACAAUGCCUUGAUUUUUUCCCGCCAUUCAACUUCAAAGCAGACGACAAACCACAAUUCUGCACGUUGUAUAAUACCUUUGGUUGCUGUACUGUGAGCAUGGAUUCCGAAAUUGAGAAGGAAUUCAACAGGAUCGCCAGUGAGUAUAAUUCCAUGUCCGGUGCCUCACCGAAUUGCUUGGAGUUCCUGAAGGAUAUUCUUUGUCAGCCCUGUUCUCCGUACGCAGCUCAUCUUUAUGAUGCAGAGGGUAGCCAAGAGAGAACGAGACAAUAUCCUGGACUGUGUCUUGAAUACUGCACAGAGUUCCACCAAUCUUGCUCGGACAUCAUUCCCCUCAUCAUCAAUGACCCGAUCCUCCUUCAGGCCGCACAAAACUCAACCGCUGAUUUUUGCGCAAAGAUGGCCAUACCAGAUGUUGAUUACUGCUUCCCUGACGUUUUGAACAAUGAAGAUCUGAUAGAGUGGGCUGAUGACGCCGAGUCUGGUUCUGGUCUCAGUCAGUGCUUGUGUCUGGAGGAGUUUGCGAAUGGUCUGCGUAAUCCACUUCUCGCGAUUCACGCCAACGACAGCACGCAUAGACUCUUCAUAGCAGAGCAGAUUGGAGUCAUCAGCGUGUUUCUUGAGAACCGCACAAGGCUAGAAGAACCAUUCCUCGAUAUCCGCGAGACUGUCUUGACCUCCGAUAGGCGCGGUGAUGAAAGGGGAUUGCUCGGUGCGGCCUUCCAUCCGAACUCUGCCGAGAACGACAAGUUUUACGUCUUCUACAGCACUGGGGACAACAGCGACCAGAAAGUUCGCAUCAGCGAGUUUACCAUCCUGCCUGAUGACAGAAACAAGGUCAAUGCCUCGUCAGAAAAGGUCAUCCUAGAGGUCGAUGAACCCUAUGCAAAUCACAACGGAGGUCAAUUGCUGUUCGGUCUCGAUGGUUACUUGUAUGUAACGAUCGGAGAUGGAGGAGCUGCUGGUGAUCCUCAGGACAAUGGUCUGGAUAAGAGCACCCUCCUUGGUAAGAUCCUUCGCAUUGAUGUUAACCACGAGACUGAUGGCAUGCCGUACAGCAUCCCACCAGACAACCCAUUCAUCAACGCCAACGGAGCCGCCCGUCCGGAGAUCUACGCAUAUGGGGUGCGUAACAUGUGGAGGUGUGCGGAGGAUAGGGGAGAUAGGGAGACAGGGUACGGCAAGGGGCGUAUCUUUUGCGGUGAUGUUGGCCAGAAUGCGUUUGAGGAGAUUGAUAUUAUCGUGAAUGGAGGGAACUAUGGCUGGCGUGCUAAGGAGGGAUUUUCCUGCUACAGUGAUAGUCAGUGUACAGAUGAAUGGCUUGAGAAUGAAGUUCUUCCAAUUCACGCAUAUCCACACACUGUUGGCAAGUCGGUCACUGGGGGCUUUGUGUACAGAGGUUGCCAGUCACCCAAUCUCAAUGGCAGAUACAUAUACGGUGACUUUGUCAAUGGGCGUCUUUUUCAGCUGACUGAAAACAAUGAGACGACUGCAUGGGAUAAUCAAGAGAUCUGCAUGGCUGAUUCAUCAACCUGCUUGGGUAGCCUUGUUAAUAGUUACCCCAAAAAUAUCCUAUCGUUUGGUGAAGACGAGGCGGGUGAGGUUUACAUCUUGGCGACUAACUACGCUUCCACAGAACAUGACGGAGGGAAAGUUUACAAACUGGUAGAUCCAGGAAGGAGAGGAAACCCAGCUGAGUGUGUUACUGAAGACAGGAGGGAGUUUGAGGUUACCAGUCCAAUGAUCCCAUUCAUUCCAAGUACACCAAAAGAUCAGCGAGCCAGGCCGAGGGUCUGCACUACCGGGGAAGACCAGGGACUCGUCAACAAUCAAACUGUCUGCUCGGCAGACGUCGUUCUUGCAGGUCAGGUUGUCUCCACCAAGCUGUUCAGCCGGAACCGUCGCGUCACUUUAAAAGUCCUAAGUCUGGAUUACCGUGCGAAACACGUCCCUAAGGUCCGCAAAGAGCUCUCUGUUACCAUUACCUGCAAGGCCCACCGCUGUGACUGCCCAAACCUUAAGGAUGGGAAGUUGUAUUUAUUGAGCGCAACUUACCAGAAGACAUGGAAUCGUUUCAUUCUGAACACCAACACCUUCUGGAGGGACUGGCAUUGGUAUCUCUCCUUCCAGGUCAAAACUUUUAGCAGAAAAUGUCAGAAUGUUUCAAAGCAGCAAUUCUAAAAAAGGACGUCUCUGCAAGUAUGUUUCAUUUUAAUUUUUAGAUAACAAAUCCUGCCGAUAUAAUCAGCAGAAAUUGUCAGAAUAUUUGUAGGUAGCGUCUCUAAUAAGGACAUCUCUGUUAGUAUGAUUUAGUUUAAUUUGGGGGGAAAACACAUCCUGCCGAUAAAAUCACCCACCGAGUUUUUGCCUUAAACCCUAGCAGUGCCCUGUUUGUUUGUUUGUUUGUGUAGGUGAUCUUCCUGCCAAGGUAACUCAGCAAACUCACACUAGGGGAUAUAAACACCAAGAUGGCAACAGCCAAUCUCUCUCGUACAAACAUUGGUUUAACAUCUAUGGUUUUGAAUUGCAUAAUGAUCAAGAAAUUGUGAUUCAGUAACUAGAUGACCACACUUAUUCUAGGGUUAGUUUGGUAGGAUUUGAACCCACAACCUUGUGAUUGAAAGCCCUGAAGUUAUGGUUAUGGUUAUGGUUGAUAGUUGUGUACCCAAAUCAAAUAUUUCUGCCAGUUAGGGUAUGAAAAUUGGCCCAAUGCAAUCGCGUCCAACACUGCUAGGGUUUCUUAAUAACUUUUAAAUAAAACAAAAUAAUAUUUGUAUAUAAAUGAACAAUAAUGAAGUACUUUUUAUAGCGUUACUUGAUCAGCUUUAUGAUUAAAUAUCUGCAGAUGAUUGUUUUUCUAAUAAUGUAAACAAAUUGAAAUACCUAUUUUUAUUAUACAAAUGGAUAUAUUAUAGUUGUUAUAAUAUGUAUUUUUUCAAUAAAUAAAGCAAAUCAGACAGUAGGAAGUUUGUAUAAAUAUGAAUAAUGACUUAAUACAUCUCUAUUUUCAGGUGUUAUAUAUUAACUACAAGGUAUUCUCAUAGGCAUUCAGGUACAUAGAGUUUCUUAUAUUGUAUGAUGGGGGUAGAUUUCAUCUUGAGUUAAGACUAGUCCUAUCUCGAGUUAGGACGAGUUACUCGUCAUAACUUAGGUCUAGCCGUGCGUUUUGUAUAUCUUCUAGGACUAGUCCUAAGUUAGGACUAGUCCCAACUCUAUGUGAAAUCGACCCCAGAGCUGCCAACUUCCUGAUUCUUGCAGAAAGUUCCCUGAAAAUAAAUCAUUUUCUUUUUGACUGCUGAAAAUGUUUCUUUUUAGACUAUGUUAGUCUCAUGUGUAUUAGAACCAGGUUGUUUCUUUUAUGCAUUAAACCAAUGUAUGUGGGACUGUAGUGGUUCCAAAAAAGUUUUAAUACGCGCACGACUUGCAUUGGCCCAAUUUCAUAGAGCUGCUUAAGCAGACAAUAUUGCUUAUUGCUUGCUUAGCAUAAAUGAGCAGCCAGUCACAAACUGCACAUGAGACAUGGUAUCGUGGCUGGUAGCCUUAUUCUAGUAAGCAUAAUUUUGCUGUGCUUGGCUACUUAUUUGUGCUUAGCAGCUCUAUGAAAUUAGGCCCUGGUCUAAUAUGUUCAAUUUUGAUUCUAAAUAGCUCCCUGAUGGUAGUACAAAAUUUCCCUAAUUGCAAAAUGCAAAUGUUGGCAGCUCUAAAGAAAUCCUUUUUUAUUCUUGAUGGUAAAGGCUCGUCAUCAGGGUAUCACAUUGGCUUGUUUUCAUAACAUUGUAUUGUAGUAUGUGCAGGCAUUUCACUAAUUCCAGCUCAGACCACAACAUGUGGUUGUGUUUAAUAUUGCAUGAUUCACUUUGGGGUUUUUUUCAUCAUAAAAGGCAUUGUUUAUUAACAGAAAUGUGAUUUGCAUCGGGGAUAAAUAAUAUUGAUUUUGGUUUUUACCCAUUUUCCCAUACAUAUGUAAUCCAUGGAGUUGCUGACACUUUUAGGACUGCGGUCUACCUUUGACAUCGGUCAUUGGAUUUUUGCGUUCACAUAAUUCCCUCUGAGCACUAACGCUCGCAGAGACAUUUGUGACAUGUUUACGCAAGCAGAACCUAGCCCUGGUUAACACAUUGACAACAAAAAUUACACUUAAUUAUGUUUUAAUGUCUGGUAUGACGGGUUAAUAUAAAUAGCAGUAUCAAUGUUUUCAACUUUCGUUUCUUUUAAAGGAUUUUGAAAAAGAAAUGUUCAGUCAAAUAUGCACGCCAACAUGCAACAUAUUUUCACUUAAUCAUUUAUCAUUUUAUAACAAUAAUACCAGUGGCUUCUUAUAUAGUGCUUAGUUUUUAAAACCCAUCACUCAGUGAAUCUCUUGGUGCUCCAAUAUUCAGUGUUUUUUUUCUGUAAGGUAUAUGGAGUAAUGAGACAUCUUUUCCUUCACGUAGAAUAAUGGUUUACAAGGUGCUGUGGUGCAAUAUGCAGCCAAUCAAAGCAGGAACACUUGGGCAAACCCCUUCUCUUUAACAAAAAACCCUAUUAAUUAUUACCCAGGCAAGAUUUAUAGUUUUAUAUAAAAUAAAUUCUAAAGUUGUUAAAAUAUUUUGAUUUAGUUUUGUACUGAUUUAUUUUGAAAUAAAACAAAAUUUUAAAACAUAAUGUGGUCUGUAUGCUUUCUUUAUAUAGAAUUGUUCUUGUUUUGAUUGUGCUUUGUUGGUCGGUCAAAAGUACAAGAUUAAAUUGUGCAAAGUGAGAAAACAAUAAUCGCUAAAUAUAAAGCAGCUAAUGUUUCUCUCAAACUGAAGCUAGUUUCCGAUUCAACCUGGGUGUGAUCCCUGGUUACACGAUAGUUACAGGUUGAAUGACUGUUCACUGGCACCCCC